GGGGGGCGGUGGGAUCGGCAGGGUCGCCGUUCCCCAGCCUCUCCGGAACAAAGUCGGCGACGGGAAAGCACCCGCACGCCCAUGGACGCGUGGGGGGUGCCCGCAUCCCGUUGGAGCCGCUGCCGCGGGGCUCGGCUGCUGCUGCUGCUGCUCACCGUGCGCCUGGGAAGCGGAGCUGAUAAAGCAGAUGAUGAAGAUGAUGAAGACCUAACUGUGAAUAAAACAUGGGUCCUUGCACCAAAGAUUCAUGGCGGGGAUGUGACUCAUAUACUGGACUCCUUACUUCAAGGAUAUGACAAUAAGCUUCGGCCAGAUAUUGGGGUGAGAACUACCGUAAUUGAAACAGAUGUCUAUGUUAACAGCAUUGGCCCAGUUGACCCAAUCAACAUGGAAUACACCAUAGAUAUUAUAUUUGCCCAGACUUGGUAUGACAGUCGUCUGAAAUUUAACAGCUCGAUGAAAGUCCUUAUGCUUAAUAGCAAUAUGGUUGGAAAAAUUUGGAUUCCAGACACUUUCUUCCGGAACUCAAGAAAAUCUGAUGCCCACUGGAUUACAACUCCAAAUCGCUUACUUCGAAUCUGGAGUGAUGGAAGAGUAUUAUACACCCUAAGGCUGACAAUUAAUGCUGAGUGUUAUCUUCAGCUUCAUAACUUUCCUAUGGAUGAACACUCCUGUCCUCUGGAAUUUUCAAGCUAUGGAUAUCCCAGAAAUGAAAUUGAAUACAAAUGGAAGAAAACCUCUGUUGAAGUAGCAGAUCCAAAAUACUGGAGACUGUAUCAGUUUGCAUUUGUAGGGCUGCGAAAUACAACUGAAAUUUCUCAUACCCUAUCUGGUGAUUAUAUUAUUAUGACAAUCUUCUUUGAUCUCAGCAGACGUAUGGGAUAUUUUACUAUCCAGACAUACAUUCCUUGUAUACUCACAGUUGUUCUUUCAUGGGUGUCAUUCUGGAUCAAUAAGGAUGCAGUUCCUGCAAGGACAUCUCUGGGUAUUACAACGGUGCUGACCAUGACAACACUGAGCACAAUUGCCAGGAAGUCACUUCCAAAAGUUUCCUAUGUGACAGCAAUGGAUCUUUUUGUCUCAGUUUGCUUCAUUUUUGUGUUUGCUGCCUUGAUGGAAUAUGGCACCUUGCAUUACUUUACUAGCAACAGAAAAGGGGACAAAGGAAAAGACAAGAAGGCAAAACCUAAGCCAUCAAAACCGUCUGCAAUUGCUGUUCGACCUGGAUCAACCCUAAUUCCAAUUAAUAACAUUAAUCAUCUCCCUGAACGUGAUGAUGAUUAUGGAUAUGAGUGCCUAGAAGGGAAAGACUGUGCUAGCUUCUUCUGUUGUUUUGAAGACUGCCGCACAGGAUCUUGGAGAGAAGGAAGAAUACAUAUUCGUAUUGCAAAAAUUGACUCUUAUUCUCGAAUCUUCUUUCCAACUGCCUUUGCAUUGUUUAAUCUUGUUUAUUGGAUUGGCUAUCUUUAUCUAUAAAUUUUACUGGCUAGACAAACUCAGAAAAGAACUGAACAGGCAUUAAUGUUUUUUCAGACAAUGGUCAAAGUUUAGAUGUGAUCCAAAAUUACUGAAAUUAGAUGUUUUAGAAAUUUGAGACAAGAGGAAAUAUGUUGAUAUAGUCUCCCUCUUGUGAUCAACAAUAGAAAUGAUAUCAGUAUUUUGACGAGAAAAUUGAAAAAUUAACUCUCAAAAUUUAACUUAUCGGCACACACACACAUAUUUUUGUCCAAGUCUAACAAAAUGCACAGAUGUGAGACUAAGUCAUUGAACUGGACAGUUCUACAUAAUCUUUAAAUUUUAAUUCUAAAUGAUAAUUCUGAUGAAUUUUGUAGCAUCUCUUACACUUUAACAAAGAAAGCCUUAAGAAAAUGGGAUUAGUUAUUCUCAUCCAUUUCAUCUAUAAAAUGAUAAUUUCUAUUAAUUCUUGAUUUUAAAUAGCUGAUAAAAUUUAAAAACACUUCUAUUUUUCAACUAGCCAUUUAUUCUCUGCAAUAUGUUAAAAAGAAUGAUUAUAUCAUAAUUAAUCUCAUUCAUAUUUACACAAAAUGCAGAGAUGAGAACAACAAAAGGAUAUAUCACCAAAAAGCCCACAAAGGUAAUUCUGAGCUUGUCUUAUUCUGACUAUUGAUGUAGGCUUUUGGCUUUCAGCCUUUGAUUACAUUUAUGUCUGUGCUCCAUCUGCUGUUAUAUCACUGUGGUGUGUUCUUUAAAGUUCUCCAAGAGGGCUACAACUUUAAAAAUUCCUACCUAUUUGCCAUUGCUCUAAUUUCAUGGAAGCCAAAUGUUGGAUAAUUGAUUAUGGCCAUUCAGGUAACGCUUUUCACCUCCUCUCCAUUUCCCUCUCCUUUGUCUAAUUCAUACUCAGGGGCAGAGAAAGAAUUAUGCUCAACAGACUUUGUAUCAUCAGAAUUUGGAAGAAUCCUUUGACAGUGCUACAGUGUUUGUAUUCAAAACCACUGUGCUACAUCUCCAUCCCUAAGGGUAAAAUGUAUGACCUGGUAUUUGCAUACAGUAGAGUUUUGUAUGUUCUGCUUGUUACUGCUUAUGCUACUCACUGAGCCAAAGUCAGAUUUACUGAUACUGUGUUCUGGAUUGCUGUAUAAUUACCUCCUUGAUAUAUAUAAUUCCGUUAGAAAAUAUAGAUAUAUAUUUCUAAAGGAAAAGUCCUUUUACAGGGACAACUUAAUAAUUCUUGUGCAUUGCUGAUCUUCCUCCAAGAUGGGAUAUAUCCACUCAAAUACAUAGAAUUGGUUCUCCACUCUGUGAUGAGAGUUUCUAUUUACAUCGGUAGGAAUAAUUUGGUAGUAGUAGUCUUUCUGGAUUGACUUCACUGUGUUGACUAUUACUGGCUGGCAGUAUUUAGUAUCUCAUUUCUAUUUAUGUCUGUUGUGGAAAAAUGUGAUCUUUCCUCCUUUCUCAGAAAGAAACCAGUCUCAAGUGAGUUUGCCUCUUGAUCCCUGUAAAAUCCCUGUAAAAUUAAGAUAUGCAUUAACUAAAAGUCAGAAUUACACAGAAGACCUUACAGAUCUUUAAAGAGGAUUAAUGGGAUUAAAAUUUGGCUGUAGAUGAAGAUGCUUGGUACUGGAGAUAUAUAUAAGAUUAAUGGUUAACUAUAGAAAAUGUUACAUGGUAGCACACCCUCCCUACAUACACUCCCACACACAAAUUAUUUCUGUUGAAUGUCCUCCCUCCUGACUUUUUUCUCAGAAAAUGGAGUAUUGUCAUAUGCUAGUUGGUACCAAACAUAAAAAUGUAUGACAUGUGAAAAGUUCAGCUCCAAAGUUUGAUAAAGAAUGCAAGAUUAUGUGCAGUGAUUCUGAAAGCAAGUGUAACUGAGAAGAUCCCAUUUUUAUGCAAGUUUUAUUUCAUUACUUAGUCAACAAAAUAUGAAAGUGGUUGAGAAAGUCUGAAUGUCUGCUGUUGAGGUUGGCAGAUGUCAUUUGUUGUAUGACUUUCCUGAGCAGCAAUUUCUUCUGACUGUUAGACUGAGGGUAGAAGUGCAGCAACACUAACAACGCUGAUGCAAUAACUUAUUAUUUCUUUAUAGUCUCAUUUUCAGAAAAUGUUCAGUACAAUGGAAAUAUGCCAGUUUUAAUUCCAUAGUGGAGUGUGAUGCUUUUUGACAGCACACUAAACGUAUUCCUCUUUAAGAAGGAUGAAGGUGGCUUCAGUAGCAGUAUGUUGAAUGUGUACUUGAAAGGCAAUCUACUUGCUACACAGUGCAGGAUCCAAUUUUUUUGAGCUCCUGACUUUUAUUAAUUCACCUUUAAACAAAGGGAACUUGAAAGAGCUUGGCACUUUACAAGGAAAAUACAAAUUUCACAGCACAUCCAGUUAGUUCUUUCUAUUCAAUCUGGUUGUCAGUUGCCAAUCAGCCUCCAGUGAUUUAACUGGAAAACAGAAAACAUCCUGAAUUGGCAAGGGAUGGAUAAGAAGUCUUUCAUCACUAAUUUCUAUGAAACAAUGUAAUAGAGUAUUAAAGCUAUUGAAUGUUAUGGCUGUUUAGUUUAGAGAUACACUUGCUUCUGUCUGUUGACAAACUUUUCUUUGUGUUUCAUUUGUUUCCAGUGAUAUCAUUUCAGUUUCCCACAGUACUGUGAGUGCAAAUUGAAAUGGGAAUGCAGUGAACUGUAACUUGGCAUGUAAUAAAUGUGCUGUUUUAGUCCUAUGUGUUUUCUUUGUAGUCUGCAUGUAAUCACUUAGUUCCAAGAAAUCUAAGUGAUACUCUUAAAAAGAAAAGAAAAAAAAAAAAAGGCAAGAAACAGACUAUGGUUACUUGGGCUUGGAUGCUGCGACCGUUUUUCAAACCUACUUGAAUAAAAUUUCAUUUACUGAUAACUGGGAUUACAAUAUUUGGGGUCAUAUUAUUCUGACCACUACCAUUUUAAGGAUGACCUUAGACCUAUACCACAUCAAUACUGUAAUACUGCUAGAAUUCAGAAAAGCAUGUGCUUAUGUACUGUCAUAAAGACUGUUGUUAUCCUGAAUUGAUGCCAUCAACACAUGCUUAAUUUACAUUAAUUUCAGUAAUGGGUGUAAUGGGUGUUCAGUAGCUCAAAUGAUUGAAUGUCAAGGAUGGGAACCAGAGACUCUUCAGCAAAAUAUUUUCUCAUUGAAAGAAAGAGACUUAGAGGAGAAAUUGCCAGAAAGGUAUAGAGGGGAGAGACAAGUCUGGAGAAACUGUUUUAUACUGCACAAAUUGCCAGCAUCUCCUGAAAAACAAAACAAAACAAAACAAAACAAAAGUUUUCUUUAUAUUUCUAUGUUUGUGUUCUUCACUUGUCUGUUUCAGCAAUGAGUACAGCUCAGCGUGUUAUUUUUGGUAAGGUUUUGUCUAUAACUGUACUCACUGAUCUUCAGUGCAUGUCUUAUGUGUCUGAGUACAUCCGCUUAAUGUACUAACAGUGGCGGUGCAACCAAAGCUUGAGCUCUGGGUAGCAUAUUUUAUAUUCACACACAGAUGUGCUUCAAAGGCUUUAACCUUAUCCAGUUUUCUGGCAUUCAGAGACAUAGGUUUGUGUAAGACUUUGAAGGAGAAUCACCCCCAACAGAGUUGUUAGAAUUUUGUGAUUUAUUUAAUAUGCUAGUAAAAGAUUUGUUUAAAAUUGGAAUCUGAACUCUGCAAUCUGUGAGCACCCUUGGCCUUUCAAUUGAAAACCCUACAGGAGGUGUCUGGAUUUGGAUGUCUAUCUGCACAAUGUAAGAUACAUUUUAUUUGAUUGUAUCAGUCUUCAUUUCUGUUUACUGUUUCCACGUAACUGAGGAUUAAUGCAAAUACAUCCAGUUAAAAAAUCAUUGUUUUUAUAAUUUUGUUUUAAAUUCAUUGCAGUUCUUCUCAGUUAUACUAAAGGUGUUCAUUUCAUUUUUUCUUAAGUAUAAUUGUGUUUUGUAGUGGCUGUAGUAGAGAAAAUAGUAACCAGAAUAGAAUUCCUCAGCAAGACUACAGCUUUUUAGAAUAUGAAACCAGGAAUUAGAAAGAACAACUACACUUUUAUUUCUGAAAAAAACUUAGUGAAAGUCCAUGUGGCCCUCUGAACAUGCCACACGGAAGACUGUAAUUGCCCCUCACUGAGAGAGGCAAAAUAUUCUACAGGGUGUAGAAAAGACCUAUCCAUUUGUUCAGAGCAGAGGCUUGUUCACCAAGUGGCUUAAGUCAAGAUCAACCUGUUCUUCUUCAGUGGUCUCUUGUUUCAGUUUCACUUGUGCCAGCAAAAGCAGUUGUAAAGCCAUAUUGUUAGAUGAGCCAAAACUUGAAAAAAAAUGUUUUAUUGUACUUUCCCCUAAGUUAAUAUUUCAGCCAGAUGGAUGGAUUCAUCUGAUUGCUGAUGUACUUGGCCACUUGUUCUCCUCCAAGACAGGUGGUGGGAGCUUGUAGAUGGAGGCAUAAAGGAUGACUUCUUACAAUGGAUGUAUUUCAUUCAGUUGAGAACUGCUGUGGAGGAAGGGGAAAGAUGGUGAGGAAAAAAACUGUGAGAGAGGGGUGAUACCAGAAUCCAGUUCUAUGGAUCUGAAUGACUUGUAUUUAGUUAAUCUAUUUCUCAGUGGUAUUUGUGACUGCUCAAGAUUUUCCUGCUACAUAAUUAUUGUAUUAUUAUAAUUACUGUUAAAGUGUAUUUCCUGUACAUUCACUACCAACUAAAUGAGCAACAGACUAUUAUCUUGAGUGACUGUUGAAUAAAAUAUUAGACAGAAAAUCAAAAAUCAGGUUAAAUCUGGCAAAAAAAAAAAAAAAAAAAGGUUAUAAAAAUGUUUGAGUCUUGAUUUUAAAAGGAACUGAGAGCUAGCACCCAAGGUGCAACUGCUGUAGUCCUUGAGGGCAACAAAUUUGGGAAGGGAAACCUGACCCUGAAUUAGAUCACUGAGUCCCUUUCUCCUUCAGGAAAUGGGAAGGUUGAUUAUGAUCACACCGUUUGGGAUCAUGGAUAUCCCCUGUUCUCCAAGAAUAGUGGUAACAGUUUCUUGUUAAAACAGUGAGAGAUUUCUGCCUGCUUGAACAUGAUUUGAAACUACAUACUUUUCUACAGAAGGUAAAUCUGAGCUGUGACUUCCAAAAUGAUAGAAAAACAUGAAAGGUACAGGACUUUAUCUCUGCCCAGGUACAUUCUCAUGGAGCUGAUGGUGAUGUUACAAGGCUCUAAGCUGUUCCCCAUAGUAGGAGAAUUUAGAUUGCUCUCCUGGGUGUCCAAGGUGUCCAAUAUUGAUCACAAGUCUUAGAGUAUUGUGCAUUCUGGUUUGGAUCUGAUAUGAUAUUAGUGAAAAGAUACAAAUGUUGAAAGGCAGUGAGUGCUGAACUUUUGGGUUAUUUACUAGGAAAUCUCACUGAGAAAAUCAAAGCAUUAUAAAAGCCUUAGAGGAAACUUUGGAGAGCUAUUGGAGUUAGGCAGUUAACUAAAACUAUAAUAGACUGGAGGAUCUGUCUUUUAUCUAUGGGCAGGUGUUGUUGCCCACUCAAAAAUCUACUUUUUUUCUUUUUUCUAAAAAGCCCUUAAAAUGAUAUUUUAAGGAAGAAAUAUAAUUUCUGUAAAAUUGCUGAACAAUCUCAUUUUCCUUUCCUAAAUCUUGCUUUACCUGCAGAUUUUGCUUAUGAUAGUCAACCUAAUCUGAGCUGUGUGAGAGAGACACAGAGGAUGUAAGACCAGUAAACUGUUCUAUGUAGUUCUUUCCCUCCAUCCCAUUUCCUAGUCAAGGAGAGAAUAUCAGAAAGGUAGAAAGCAUAGAGCAUACAUAAAUGGGGACAAGAUUGCUACUGAAAACUGAGUUUGAAUUCUACUAACUGAUAGGAUCAACAGAGACAGGAGUCUACUGACAGUAUUAAGGCUUUUAUAAUUCUUUGUAGUAGCUGCUUUUCUGUACAUCUCUGCAUGCCUACCUGAAACUCAAAGAUUACCCACGCUCUAAGUAAUUCUUUUGUAUUUCUAGUUUCACAGAAUGAUCUUUAUCAUCAUGGUUUGAGUCUUGCUGAACUCAAAGGAAAGAUUUCCUCUUCAAGAUUCCCUGGCCAGGCACUAAAAGUACAAGAGCUCUAGAGAGCAAAUAUUAGAAAAGUUGUUUUCUAUGGACACAGCUAACGAUGCAGACUAUCUCUAUACAGUGGCACUAAGAAUACUUUGUCAGUUAGACUUGAAAAUGUUAAGUACUGCCAGGAGCAAUGACCAGAAUUGCCUCCAUGGAGAAUUACUUUUGUCAACUCAACAUUUAGAAACUAAAAUCCAAACCAACUACCAUGGGUGGAAGGUGAGCCUCUGCUUCACUUCAGAAGCCUAUUUCCCUUUGAAUUGUUUUUUCUCCUGACAAAGACAGGAAAUAAGAAACUUUUGGACCUGCGAAGUUUGCAAAAAGCAAGUCUGAGUUAUUUUAAAUAGAUAGUCAUGUUUUUUUCCUUUUCCUAGUGAAGAUGCAGGAACAGGAACAACAGAGGGACCUGCAUGAUGGUUCCAGUUUUCCAAGGCAGGUAAAUGUGGACAUCUAUAUGUUCUUAGACCCAGCAAAAAUAUACAACUAUUGUCCAUGUUUUAAUCAUCUAUGAAAUCUUAAUGAUUGGUGUGUCUUCAAAGCAUUUUUUUUUUUUUUUUUUUUCCCCCAGCUGUUGCCCACCAUGAAUGUUCAGACUUUUUUCAUGGACAUCAAGGGUUGCAUUAUGAUACCUUUAGUUACAAUUUAUAUACAAUAGAGCAUAAAUAUUCUGUUAAAUGAAACCGAGAGUUCAGAAUCUGGUAAUGUUAUGGUGAUGCCUGUCUUGAAAAAAUAUACUGCCUGUUGUUACCGCCAGCAACCACCAUGGUCCCAAGCCGCACCGUCAUGGGCUAGCGAUCAGAGCUCGCUAGGACCAUAGCAACACAAACACCAAUAUGAGGAUGUAGCAAAAUGGCGUUUAUUCACUAAUAUACACAGCUUAUAUACCCUACUUGAACAAUCGUGUCCUGUCCUGACUCAUCUGUACUGGAUCUUAGCCCCUUACCACAAUUCCUUAUUGGCUCCUAUUGUUUCCUCAUUCCUUUGCCUUCUUCUUAUCUUGUUUACUCGUUCGCAAGGACAGUCCGUCUUAGCACAACAGCACCCUUUCACUAUGCUUAGGGAGAGGCCUGUUCCAUACUGCACAUAUCCCCACCAAGCGCCUCCUACAACAACCUGUUUAUAAUUUCAGGUUCUAAUUAAUUAAAUAAUAGUUCUAUAAUUAUUACCCUUCUGUAAUGAAAUUUUACAGGCAGGUGUUUUUUUUGUUUUGUUUUUUUGUUUUUACAGUUUGUGUUACAAUGUUUGAUCUAAAUAGUAAGUUUACAGGAAUACCAUUCCAAAAUAACACAUUAACUUUUUGUAUUGUGAGUCUAUUAUACUGAGGUUUCAUUACUCUUUCUGCUUUAAAUGCACAUACACUCUUAUUGCAGUUCUCUGCCCCAGCAUCUGUAGUCCACAUUAUAUUUCUUGGAUUCACAGUUUGCCCCUUACUAAUGCUUUCUUUAAAAGAAAAUUGUUUUAAACAAAUCUAGAACUUUUAAUAGCUUAAAUGAACAUUCAAACCAUGUAUUUGAUUUGAUAGCAUCUUGGCACCAGUGGACAAUGUUGCAAUAUUGUGAAUCAGCAUUCCUUGUAAAAUUACAUAUGAAAGCCCUUGUUGUAACUUACUGGAUAAAAAUAAAGAACACUGAGAUAAAUUGUGUAACUUUCAGCAGUGCUUCUGUGGAGUAUAUGUGAAACACACCAUAUUGAUAAAGAUUUAUUCUCCUUUCUCAAUUUUCCUUUCAGAAGCCUCCUCAGUUGGGCUCAUAUUUUAAGUGUGCUGAUAUUUACAGUUCUACUCAGUUAUUUGGUACCUCUCCAAAAACCUUGGUAUGCAAUCAUUCAUUAUUAUAUUAAAUUACCCAGAAACAUCAAGGUAUCCUCACAGGCUUUUAAUGUAAUUAAGCCAUGACUUCUUCAGCCCCUCCUAAAGUAUCAUCGUGUUUUGUGUGCAAUGCCAAAACUAAAGCAAUUCCAGGUAUUAAAUUGAAUAUUAUUUGUUUCUCCACUUUGAUGAAGUCUGUCUGCCAGGUAAGUGCAAAACACUGAUAU